ACAACGCAGGCUGUCCGUUUGAAUGUGCAGGGGACUGGAGGGGAUCAUUUCCAUGGACCAUCUGUCUCACUGGCUGCACUCCCAACAAAGAAGGACCCAGGAUGGUGUUAGUCCAUGUUGGAUAUCUGGUUCUCCCCGUCUUCGGCUCAGUUAGAAAUAGAGGAGCGCAUUUCAGCAGGCAUCAGCACAGCCAUGCUACCUCCUGCCGACACUUUCACCUGGGCGCUCCCCAGGCGCCCAUCUCAGCAGAGUUCCCUCUCGGACAUGCCAGCCAACUCCCACAGACUGGUCUGGCCGCCCACCUGUCCCCCGCACAUCACCCAACCCUCACUGCCCUGUCCGCACCUCCUCAGUUUCAGGAUGUGCCGGGGCCUUCAUUCCUACCUCAGGCCUUACACCAGCAAUACCUCAUCCAGCAGCAGCUGCUUGAAGCACAGCACCGCAGAAUUCUCCCGCACUCCAGAAGAACCCAGGAGCGCAUCCCUAUGAACCCUCACCGACUGCGUUCAGGUUAUGAGUACUCUGGCCCUCUCCAUGUUCCCCAGCCACUGACACAGCAGCCACGUUAUCUGGCCGAAGGCACUGACUGGGAUCUUAGUGUAGAUGCUGGCCUCCCUCAUCAGUACCAGCUCCAGCAGCUCCCACAGCACUAUCAGCAUUACCUGGCCUCUCCUCGAAUGCACCACUUCCCCAGGAACACAUCGUCUGCACAAGUGGUUGUGCAUGAAAUUAGAAACUAUCCGUACCCCCAGCUGCAUCUGUUGGCCCUGCAAAGUCUAAAUCCUUCAAGGCACGCCGCCGCUGUGAGAGAAAGUUAUGAGGAGCUGUUGCAGUUGGAGGAUCGACUGGGUAGCGUCAGCAGGGGAGCUGUUCAGACAACUAUAGAGAGAUUUACCUUUCCUCACAAAUACAAGAAGAGAAAGCCUCUGCAGCUGAAGAUUGGGGAGGAAGAAGAGACAGAUGUGGAUGAGAAGUGUACCAUCUGUUUGUCCAUGCUGGAAGACGGAGAGGAUGUCAGGAGAUUGCCCUGCAUGCACCUCUUCCACCAGGGCUGUGUGGACCAAUGGCUGGCCACUAGCAGGAAGUGUCCAAUCUGUCGAGUUGACAUCGAAACACAGCUGAACCCUGACAGCUGAUGAGAUUCGACUCCCAGUGAUCCAGUCACACUGUUGUGGUUCUGUUUUUUUCUUCCAUCCCGGCUUGCCGACUCUCCCUCCCCCCACAGCCCCCACUGUUGGGGUGCUUUGCCAAAUGUCUCCAGACUUCCUGUGACAUCACAACCCUUCUGACUCAUGCUUUACUGAGCCAAGCCAGGACUGCACGAGAGGCCGCAAAGGACUCUCCUUAUAGAAGCACAUCCUUCUGGAAGCAAAAGACAAAUACACGCAUACUUAUGUACACAGGGUUUACUUGUAGCUUGCUGGUUGUAAGUGGGGUGUUGUUGCUGUUGUGGUGUUGUACUGUAGGUAGCCACGGGGUGUGUAGCAUGUCCUCAAAGCCAUGAUUUAAAGUCCUGAGAGUGGAAAACACAUAACCCCACACUGAGCUGGCUACUCUUCUCUCUCCUUUCUCUGUCUUUCUAAAACAUACAUAUAUAUAUAUAUUAUUAAAUAUAUAUAUUUCUCUUUUUUCAAACAUUCAGUCAAAAUGAAUAUUCUGCCACACAAAAAAGCUUAACUGAAACAAAAUACUCAGAUGCCAUGUUUACCCACAGGUCAUUUGUGGUCGUCGUAGAGUAGCACUAAUCAACAAGUAGUGGACCUUCCAGGGGCCAAGCACCAGCUAGCUGAGUGUUUUGAUCCUAUCAUGCAGCUUUGACAUUUUGCAAUACAGUUAUACUUACCUUGGGUUGGUGUUGUGUCAGUAGGUCUCUUCAUUGCUGUGGAAACUGAAACCAGUGAUUGAGUUGUUUGGUGUUUGAAAUUAGAGUUAAAAAAAAAUGGGUCACAGUGUUUUACCAAAAUGCAUUUUGUGGCAGUGUAGCUUGAAUCUGCACACAAGUUUUGUGUGUAUGUGUGUGUGUGUGUGUGUGUGUGCUCUGCCCUGCUGUGUGUGACUUAAAGAAUGUGUCUAACAAACAUGUGGAUGUUGAACAUGCAAAUGUGAGUGUACUUCAUGAGUUCGAAGCAAUGCCUGGAAUUAAACACAUUGUAGGUUAAUAGCAUGACCACUGGAGUGCAUAUACAACACAAAGCCAAAAAAUAAAAAAUAAAUAAAUAGAAAAAAAAAAAAACUGGAUGAAAAGAAAAGGCUAUCAUGCACAGCAGAGCUAGGUGGGAGGAUUUAGCUGACCUUAUACCUGAAUUUUUAUCUGGCAGGGGGCCAGUGGCAGAACAGUGUACUAAAAAUGCAUGUUUCGUUGUUGGCUUGGGCUAUCAGCUUUGGUAGCGUUACUUCUGUUUAAAACGGCACAGAGAUGCCUGUGCAUGACAACUAAUCUGAGCUCUGACUAUCUUCUCAACACUAACAAACAAACAAAAAAACUCAGUCAGCUGUUGCUCCCCUGACUUGUAGCGUGUGUUCAUCCUGUCCCCCUUGUUGGCAACGAUGGGAUCCUCUUGAUGUUUACCUUAUUGCCUAAAGAGCAAGCACAUUUGAGAAUAGUUAUAGCAACAAGAAGUUAAUCCUUGAUAUUUCAUUUGUGUUGGUUUAUAUUUAGGUAUAGAUUCAUGCAGUGUUUCUAGCUGGGAAAGGAGCUUUUGCGUAUUGAUCUUGUGUAUUUGUGUGACAGACCUCCCCUCGUGGUUGCUAUGCUGGUUGCUAUGCUGUAUUGCUAGAACAUGUAGAACGUGAUGCGAUGGAGGCAGCCUCCCUCUCACAGUGCACACAGACACGAGACAACACAACAGCAGGGAAACAUUCGGGCUGUUACAGUGAGUCACUCACAUCUUUACCACCACUUCCUAAUUUUAAAAACCUUUGUUUGUGUUAAAGGAUGCCUUUAGGACCUUCACUGUCCUUUGCACUAUGAUAGAAAAGAUAAGACUUUAAAAUUACUUUUCCAUGUCUUGUGCACUGCCAGUGUUGACACUGCCUCCUCCUGUAGUGGAGUCAUCUGUGAUGAAGUUUUCAUAGUUUACACAGGGUGUUGUCAGUUGAGAUGCCUUAAGUAUUUAACAAGCAUAAUUUAUUACUAACUGUAGAUAUUGUGGGUAUGCAUUUAAUUUUAUAUAGUUAUUUGGGGGCAACUGAAUCAUAAUUUAUUUAUUUAGAAAUAACAAAAAAAAAACAUUAUGGGAAAAAAAAACAAUUACCUCAUUUUUGCAUUGUUUUAAAUGGGAAUGCUUUGCAUGCAGAUGUACUUUUCAAACACUAAAAGGAAAAACUAAACUAGCCCUGCUGUUUGAUUUCCAAAAGCUGGCUGUGCCAUGUUUACUGUCCAAGACUGAGCUACUGAGCCUGCUCUCUGUUUCUAUCUCUCAUGUGGUGCUGUGGAUCUUAGUUACAUUCCAUUCAAUGCAAUUUCUCUGAUCCCCCAUGCUGUGAUGUAGUGGACAAACUGCAACGAAGUGAACUGGUUUUCAGUGUAUAACUUUUUUUUUUUAUUUCAAUGUUUUGCACUCACUUGUUUAGAUAUGGGAACCCUCUCACUGGCAAAAAAAAAAAAAACAACAACAAAAAAACACAAAACACAGUUUAGAUUAUUUUACUGGUUAUUUUCUCUCUGUGCACUGUUCCUUCACUUUUGUAUCUUUGAUUUGAAGCUCUUUGAUGUUUUUCUUAAGUUCUCUUGUAGACAUAAACAUAACAAGUGCCUCGCUAUAAGUGUUGAGAGAUAUCUCCAUGUUACUGAACCCACUAACAACAAUCAGUCCAUAAAGCCACCAUGCCUUGUUGGUUGCAUAAUUAAUCAAAUGGAUGAGACAUGAAGAAGCUAUGUUAACAAGUUCUCAAAAAAAUGUUCAAAUAGCUGCUGUUAGUGAUGCAUCGCAUAUAGUGGAAAUAUUCAGACUAUUAAGAGGCAUGUUUCACUGUGGACUUUUCAAAUAUUACAGUCAUUUCUCUUUAAUUGAUUUCAUUUUCCCUCUCCUGUCCUUUCCAUUUGUUUGAUUUUACCCGUCCCGAGAGGACUUUCUGUCCUCUCAAGGAUUAUAAAGCACAACUUUUUCUAAAAAUGCAUGUUUUCUCAGGUUUCUGUGUAGUCACCAUGGCUCAAUAGUUUAUGGUGAAAAUAUAUACAAAGAAUAUAAAUGGGGAAAAAAGGUGUAAAUUUAGUUGCUGCUUGAAUUUUAAACAAACUGAAGAGAAAAUAUGCCAAAAAGUGCCAGUGAAAGGGCUGCCGACAUCCUUGUAUGAAAAUCUGCUGUUUAGCUGUGAAUGCGCAAUGUUUUUCAAUAUAGGAUAUUUUAUCUGAAAAUAGAACUAUUUAUCAUUAAUAUUAAAGCAAUAGCGCAUUAAUGGUGAUGAGUGUGUUGAUGAAGAAUGAGCAUAUUAUGGGUAAAUGUUCAAUUCACACUUGGUGGAAUUUUGUACUUUAACUUUAUUUAUUAUUAUUUCUACUAAUAAUGAUGAUGAUUUCAAAAAUUGCAUUGCUAAACCCAAACUCCUCUGUUUUGUUUUUUAUUUUAAUCUAAUUUCAUGGCUUGUAUAUUAUCCUUUUAUAUGUGCUCUUUUUGUA